AUGCAGUGGCUCCUUGCGCUAAUUUUCUUCACAACACAAUGCUCAGCAAGUGAUUUGAUUCGACGUGCGAUAUUUGACUGCCAACGGAUCGAUAGCGCAUUUUGCUGCACGUCUAGGGUGCGCAGCCUUUGCGCGGAGCAAUGCAAGGAUGUGAAGUGCGGCACGCCCAUUUCAGAAAACGAUCAACAUGACGGCGAUGCUCGACUUGGAAUUAGCCGUAAACAUAAUUCUGCAAGAGAUAUGGCAACAGAUCCGAACAUCGAGCUUUUCACUCCUCCACCUCAAUUCUCGAAGUUCGACUCCAGACAAUCUGAAUCACACGAUGGUCAAGCGAAGAUCUCUCGAACCAGUACGGAUGCACCAGAUGUUUCGUCACUUCCACCGCCACCGCCGCCUCCCCCACCACCACCGCCGCCUCCACUUCCUCCGCCACAGUUUUCCUCUACUCAUGCGCCUAUCACUCAGGCGCCACCAGGCGGCUUCCCGACAUUAAUUCCGUAUGAGCCGAGCAUCGAUAGUACGGCAUUCAUAGUGAGAAAGCUAGAGGAGGUUACACCAGGACCACUUCUCCAUUCUACCAUUGUUAAGUCGAUCCAUCAUCGGUCUCGGACAACUCCUGAUCCACGGAUCAUAAAGCCACCUGAAUCACUAGUGGUGAUUGGAGAAUAUGAUGAGGAAGAGCCGUUGGAUAAUCAGAGCACGAGUGCGUCAGAAUCAACUGAAGAAUCCGGGCUUCGACAAGCUCGAACAUUACCUGUUCGUCCGAAUGGGGUAAUGAUGCCAAACUCGUUCAUAUCGCAAGAAGCAUCAGUUGAUCCGAAGCCAACUCGUGGCGAGUCAAGUGGGUGGAGACAAAAACCGUCACAAGGCUGGUCUGUGAAGAUAAUUCCCGUUCAAAAGAUAAAAGCUUGGCCCGAAGGAGUGGAUAAGCUACCGAAAUUUGCUGUCGAUGGAAGUGCUGUGAGACGUGAGGAAAAUUCACGUAAAGACGGCUCAUCGUUGAUCCGAACAUUCUCCGUGGGACCUUCCAAGGUAAACAUGUUAGUGCCUAACAAUGUCGAUUUUCUGGAACCAAAAGUUAUAGAGUUUGUUGCUACAAUGCGAACAACUCAAUCACCUUUCCGAGUUUCCAAUAAUCGGCAGUUACCUAACAGGAUUUCUAUCAAUCCCGCGCGACGGACAAAUUCUGGAUCCGCUCUAACGCCUUCGAUUUCACCUGAACCGUCCUUUUCGUUUGUACAGCGUCCAUCACCUGUAUCAGAGUUCAGCAAACCACAACCACCUCCGCCAUCUCCGCCACCUCCUCAGUGUGGAGUGGCUCCAGAAUUUAAACCUUGUGUUAGGGCGGAGCAGGCCAGCGCUGCUCUUCUACAGUGUUGCCAGAAGAAGAAUUUAUCUCCAGGAUGCCUGUCUUUAUGUAGAUAUGACAUCACGCAGGCAGAGGUUCGUUCGGCGAUGGACCGUGGUUUGUGCGGUAUUUUCAGUGUUGCCCCGUAUCUGGAAUGCGCUUCUCAAGGCAAGGACAACACGGAGUGUUGUCGACAUAAAGGAAUUGUAGCGAGGACAGGCCCUCAAUGCGAGCAAUUUUGCCGACCCUCGAAAGGACUAAGCGCGCUCGGAUUGCAACAUAUUGUAUGUGCGAAUGCGAUUGGAGAUAUGCUCCAGUGUCAUCAUGCUGGGAUCAGACUUCGGUAG